AUGCUUUGUCAUACCAAUGAUAUACGGACCAACAAGAAGCAUCCUUACACCAUGGUGAAGAGUACCAGACUGGGGCGUGACACCUACAAGGAACAGUUUGUUUUCCUCUACAGUAUUCAGAUGCCUCAGUACACUGGUGCCAAUAAGCUGAAAGACAGCCCUGUAAACAACAAGAACAUCAUGAUCCUGGGCGAUUUCAAUGCGGACGGAAGUUAUGUCACCAAGAAAGGCAUGACAAAUAUCCGUAUCCGUAGUGACAAGAAGUUCCACUGGGUGAUUGGAGAUGAUGUGGACACCACAGCCAACACAAGCAACGACCACACCUACGACAGGAUUGUGAUGUACGGGGAUGACAUGUUGGAGGCGAUGGUCCCCAACUCAGCCAAGCCCUUCAACUACCACAAAGCCUUUCGCUUAUCUAAAGCUAUGGCUUUGAGUAUCAGUGACCACUACCCUGUAGAGGUGGAGCUGACGACGGCUGAAACUGUACCACAGAAGAAAGAGGAAAAAGAGGAAGUAGAGUCUCCCAGUGUAAACCCAAUACCACGGAAGAAGAAAAGACUCGUGAGAAAGUUGAUAGGGAAGUCAAAACAAGCCUAG